GACCCACCCACGAACCCACCACCACCGCCACCGCCGCCCUGACCCCCACGCGCGGCGGCGCCGCCCCGCUCCCCACCGGCGGCCAUGGCCCUCGCGGCCAUCUUCGUCUUCCUCCUCGUCUGCGCGGUGCACGUGCUCGAAAGCAUGCUCGAUCUCGCCAAGAAGAGGGGAUCGGUGAGCGAUGAGCAGCUCAAACUACGGCUGGAAAUCUCGCAGAUUCUCAAGGAGUCCAGUGCACUGUCAACGCCCUCGACGUUUGCGCAGGCCGCAAAGCUCAAGCGGCUGGCUGCUGCUAAAGAGAAGGAACUGUCCAAAAUGCAGCAGACGGACAUUAAGGGGAAGCAGUCUCUACAUGAGAAAUAUGGCAAAGUUCUCAUGGGUACCAAGGUCCUAGUCUAUGGUUUGCUCGUUCUGUGGUUUUGGAGUGCACCUGUAACUACCGUCCCCAAGCAUCUUCUACAGCCCUUCGGAAGGAUGUUCUCCUGGAGAGGCGUCGAUGCUGCUACAGGACGUGUCGUGGUUGGAAUUAUGCCAUGGCUAUUUUUGACUUCCCGUGUCAGCAAAUUAUUGUCCCAAAAACUCGCCCCCAUAUUUCUGCAUUAAGUAGCUCCUUCCAAUGAAGUAGUACAUGUUCUUGAAGUUUUCCUCUUCUCUCACUCAUUUUUGUACUUACUUAUGACCUCUCUGCCUGAUUGUACUUCCGCGGCAUCAUUGUUUCAGGUGCUCUCACUUUCUGUAAAAAGAUGUUGUGCUUAAUUACCUGGCCUACUGAUACCUAA